GCUCAGGUUUGAAUCAAUACGGCCUUGUUUCGACCGGUGGAAUGACCAGUGGUGGAAGUGGUGUAGGUGGAAUGUCCGGAGGUGGAAGUGGUUCAGUUGGGAUGUCCGGAAGUGGAAGUGGAUCCGGUGGGAUGUCCGGAAGUGGAAGUGGUGGAGUCGAAGAAAGAAUUGUUUACAUUAAUAUUGGAAGUUCCGGAGGUGGCUAUGGAGGUGGAGAUAGCUACGGUUCUACAAGUUAUGGAAGUGCCGAUGCUGGAGGUGAAUCGAAUGGAGGUGGUGGAGGUGGAAUGAAUGGAGGUGCUGGAGGUUGGAGUUCUGGAGGUGCUGGAGGUGGAAUGACUGGAGGUGCUGGAGCUGGAAUGUCUGGAAGUGGAAGUUCCGGAAAGGGGUAUGGUGGUAGUUCAACAAGUUAUGGUACAGUAGAUAGCUACAAACCUACAAGUUAUGGUAAAGUAGAUAGCUACAAACCUACAAGUUAUGGUAAAGUAGAUAGCUACAAACCUACAAGUUAUGGUGGUGGAAGUUCUGGAGGUGGAUCGAAUGGAGGUGGAUCGAAUGGAGGUGGUGGAGGUGGAAUGAAUGGAGGUGCUGGAGGUUGGAGUUCUGGAGGUGCUGGAGGUAGAAUGACUGGAGGUUCUGGAGCUGGAAUGUCUGGAAGUGGAAGUUCCGGAAGCGGCUAUGGUGGUACUUCUACAAGUUAUGGUAAAGUAGAUAGCUACGGGCCUACAAGUUAUGGUGGUGGAAGUUCAGGAGGUGGAUCGACGGGAGGUGGUGGAGGUGGAAUGAAUGGAGGUGCUGGAGGUUGGAGUUCUGGAGAUGCUGGAGGUGGAAUAACCGGAGGUGCUGGAGCUGGAAUGUCUGGAAGUGGAAGUUCCGGAAAGGGGUAUGGUGGUAGUUCUACAAGUUAUGGUACAGUAGAUAGCUACAAACCUACAAGUUAUGGUGGUGGAAGUUCUGGUAGUGGGAGUUCUGGAGGUGGAUCGAAUGGAGCAGGUGGAGGUGGAAUGAAUGGAGGUGCUGGAGGUGGAAUGUCUGGAAGUGGAAGUGACGGAAAGGGCUAUGGUGGUAGUUCAACAAGUUAUGGUAAAGUAGAUAGCUACAAACCUACAAGUUAUGGUGGUGGAAGUUCUGGAGGUGGAUCGAAUGGAGGUGGUGGAGGUGGAAUGAAUGGAGGUGCUGGAGGUUGGAGUUCUGGAGGUGCUGGAGGUAGAAUGACUGGAGGUGCUGGAGCUGGAAUGUCUGGAAGUGGAAGUUCCGGAAAGGGGUAUGGUGGUAGUUCUACAAGUUAUGGUACAGUAGAUAGCUACAAACCUACAAGUUAUGGUGGUGGAAGUUCUGGUAGUGGGAGUUCUGGAGGUGGAUCGAAUGGAGCAGGUGGAGGUGGAAUGAAUGGAGGUGCUGGAGGUGGAAUGUCUGGAAGUGGAAGUGACGGAAAGGGCUAUGGUGGUAGUUCAACAAGUUAUGGUAAAGUAGAUAGCUACAAACCUACAAGUUAUGGUGGUGGAAGUUCUGGAGGUGGAUCGAAUGGAGGUGGUGGAGGUGGAAUGAAUGGAGGUGCUGGAGGUUGGAGUUCUGGAGGUGCUGGAGGUAGAAUGACUGGAGGUGCUGGAGCUGGAAUGUCUGGAAGUGGAAGUUCCGGAAGCGGCUAUGGUGGUACUUCUACAAGUUAUGGUAAAGUAGAUAGCUACGGGCCUACAAGUUAUGGUGGUGGAAGUUCAGGAGGUGGAUCGACGGGAGGUGGUGGAGGUGGAAUGAAUGGAGGUGCUGGAGGUUGGAGUUCUGGAGGUGCUGGAGGUGGAAUGACCGGAGGUGCUGGAGCUGGAAUGUCUGGAAGUGGAAGUUCCGGAAAGGGGUAUGGUGGUAGUUCUACAAGUUAUGGUACAGUAGAUAGCUACAAACCUACAAGUUAUGGUGGUGGAAGUUCUGGUAGUGGAAGUUCUGGAGGUGGAUCGAAUGGAGGAGGUGGAGGUGGAAUGAAUGGAGGUGCUGGAGGUUGGAGUUCUGGAGGUGCUGGAGGUAGAAUGACUGGAGGUUCUGGAGCUGGAAUGUCUGGAAGUGGAAGUUCCGGAAGCGGCUAUGGUGGUACUUCUACAAAUUAUGGUAAAGUAGAUAGCUACGGGCCUACAAGUUAUGGUGGUGGAAGUUCAGGAGGUGGAUCGACGGGAGGUGGUGGAGGUGGAAUGAAUGGAGGUGCUGGAGGUUGGAGUUCUGGAGGUGCUGGAGGUGGAAUGACCGGAGGUGCUGGAGCUGGAAUGUCUGGAAGUGGAAGUUCCGGAAAGGGGUAUGGUGGUAGUUCUACAAGUUAUGGUACAGUAGAUAGCUACAAACCUACAAGUUAUGGUGGUGGAAGUUCUGGUAGUGGAAGUUCUGGAGGUGGAUCGAAUGGAGGAGGUGGAGGUGGAAUGAAUGGAGGUGCUGGAGGUGGAAUGUCUGGAAGUGGAAGUGACGGAAAGGGGUAUGGUGGUAGUUCAACAAGUUAUGGUAAAGUAGAUAGCUACGGGCCUACAAGUUAUGGAGGUGGAAAAUCUGGAGGUGGAAGUUCUAGAAGUGGAAUGUCUAAUGGUAGAGAUUUUAGAGGUGGAAUGUCUAAUGGUAGAGAUUUUAGUGGCGGAAUGUCUGGAGGUGGACGUUCUGGCGGUGGAAGUGCCGGGGGUGGAAGGGCUAAAAUAACAUUUAUUGUGAAUACCAGUGGGGGAAAUGGUGGACCAGGUAAUGGUGGCCAGGGCGACUGUACGUGUAGGAUAAAAUGUGAAGCAGGAGAAAUGAAAAAAUCUACUUGUAAAAAUUACAAGAAACCAGUACUAUGUUGCAAGAAAAAAGUGAAAAAAGGAUAUGGAUACGAUGGUUAAAUACUGUACAGAAAGAAUAUAGAAUAAAUUUGAUCGCAUUAAAUCGA